CCGUCGAGCCGGAGCGGUUGACCGGGCGGUGAAAUCGAACCACUGCCGUGCCGCUGGCUCGAGAAGCCUCUGCUCUCCACAGCCCACCGCCCAUUAAUACCCCACCCGAGCUGCACCUCGGCUCCCUCCCCAUGCCCACCGCCUUGCCGCGCGCCCCGUGGUGCCACCAUGCUCGGCGCGGCGUUCGGACUCCGGCUCCGCGUGCUCCGCCGCCGCCUACGGGGCCGCCGGCGACGCAGGCGGUCCCGCGGGCGGGCGGGGGAGGAGGGAGGGAGGGAGCCGGUGCUGCUGGUGUCCGGGAUGGGCGGGUCGGUGCUGCACGCGCGGCGGCGGUCCAACCCCAAGUUCGACCUCCGCGUCUGGGUGCGCAUCCUCUUCGCCAACCUCGACUUCAAGAAGUACCUCUGGUCGCUCUACAACGCCGACUCCGGGUACGUGGAGCCAUUGGACAAGGAUGUGGAGAUUGUUGUGCCGGAGGACGAUCACGGGCUGUUCGCUAUUGAUAUUCUUGAUCCUUCCUGGUUUGUAGAACUUCUCCAUCUGUCUAUGGUGUAUCACUUCCAUGAUAUGAUUGAUAUGCUCAUUGACUGUGGAUAUGAGAAAGGGACUACACUAUUUGGAUAUGGUUACGAUUUUCGUCAAAGCAACAGGAUAGACAAAGCAAUGGCUGGUUUGAGAGCAAAACUUGAGACAGCUUAUAAGACCUCCGGAGGGAAAAAGGUUAAUAUAAUCUCGCAUUCGAUGGGUGGAUUGCUAGUACGCUGCUUCAUGUCUAUGAAUCACGAUGUAUUUGCUAAGUAUGUGAACAAAUGGAUUUGCAUUGCUUGUCCAUUUCAAGGUGCCCCAGGAUGCAUCAAUGAUUCUCUACUUACUGGAUUACAGUUUGUGUAUGGUUUUGAGAGCUUCUUUUUCGUUUCAAGAUGGGCGAUGCACCAACUGCUUGUUGAAUGCCCAUCAAUCUACGAAAUGCUACCAAAUCCAGACUUCAAGUGGAAGGAAAAACCAAUCGUUCAGGUCUGGCGAAAGAACCCUGAAAAGGAUGGAGUGGUGGAGCUUGUUCGCUAUGAAGCAACAGAUUGUGUUUCUUUGUUUGAGGAAGCUUUGAGGAAUAAUGAGCUCACAUAUAAUGGGAAGACAGUUGCACUACCAUUCAAUAUGUCAGUCUUCAAAUGGGCUACCGAGACCCGCCGAAUUCUUGACAAUGGCAAACUACCAGAUACUGUUAGUUUUUAUAACAUAUACGGAACAUCGUACGAAACUCCAUAUGAUGUUUGUUAUGGCUCUGAAAGCUCCCCGAUUGGAGAUUUGUCAGAAGUUUGUCAUACGGUGCCGGCAUACACAUAUGUGGAUGGAGAUUGCACAGUUCCUAUCGAAUCAGCUACGGCUGAUGGGUUUGCGGCGAAAGAAAGAGUUGGUGUCAAGGCCGACCACCGCGGUCUUCUGUGCGAUGAGAACGUGCUCGGGCUCCUGAAGAAAUGGCUCGGCGUGAGCGAAAACGCCCGGCGUCGCGUGCCAAAAUCCAAAGUGGUGGCCUUGUUGCCGGACGGGAGCUGCUGAUCGCCGAUCGCCUUGUAAAUAUCGUCGCAAUCUCUUCGAGGGAACUGCUGUUUUGGCCCUUUCCCUUUUAGAGACGAUGAAACACAAAUUCUGGUGAUUGUAUGUCUGUAUGCUGUAGCGUUGCCAGCCUCUUACGGCACGCAUAUUCAUUGUGCCCUCCAGCACUGGAGCAUGGUAAUGGAAUAAUAUUGAAAUCGAGCGUAAUUGCUCAGGCUA